AUGGCAGCGUACGGUGAUGUCACGUGUCUGGGACAUGUCCUACAGGACCUACAGGACAUACUACGCGAGGUGGACAAUCUUCCGGCGAGCACCGAGGAACAGCUGCAAGGCCAAGCUCUCAGAGGCUUAGCCGCCCUUCGGGCUACGGUGCAGAGUUCGCCAAAAGACAAGCUCAGCAGCAUAGCCUCCCGACCUGAAGCUCAAGAACUCAAGCACAGGUGCAUCUUGUGCGGAUUCUGGACCCCCGACCAUACCAAGAUGAAAAAUCAUCAACGACAGGCUCAUGCACAGGUCUGGCAGCGAGAUGGUCCGGCGGCACUCAAGCUUUGCCAGGCCUACACAGUGCAGAUGAUCAAAGGACACCCAUGUCCCUUUUGCAAACUGCAGGUCUACGACAAACGCAAGCACCCAGAACAGUGCAUAGUUCUGUUCCAGGUCCUGCUCGGAUGGCACAAGGCCCUAACAGGCUUCCGAACCGGGGCCCCCUCCGACGUUGUAGCUUGUGCGCUGCAUGAGUUCCGAGUCCCUGGACAGCUCCGCUUGUCUGCUGAGCUUGCGAGUGCGCCGCCCACCUUGUUGGGCGUCUUGAGCGAGGCCCAGAUUUGCACCUGCCUGGGAAGCUUCCUGGACAGCGACAGCCUGUGGGCCGUCGAGGCCGCCCACUUCUGGGCCUGCUCUGACCUGCGCUGGUACUUCAAGGGUUCGUUCGGCUUAGCUGAGGAAUCCGAUGGCUCAUGGGCUAAUCCGUCUUCUGAUCCGGCUGCGGCCGUUACUUCUAUAUCUGCUCCGAUGACUCAUUCCCAGCCUUCGUCGUCAUCGGGGGUUCGAUCGGAAUUGCAGAUGGGUCAUGGUCAGAGAAUGUCUUAUGAGAAUUUCUUGGCAUCGGCCAUAAGCAGGAGCAUCUCCGAGUCUGCUCCGAAGUUUCCGUGGGAGCAGGGCAUUUGGGCUGCUCUGCCGUCUCAUUUGAAGCCAACACUCAAGCAUCACUCUGUGGGAGUCGGAGAUCUUUUUGUUCCUUCUGCUCAGCCGGCUGUGAUGGCUCCGACUUCCAUGCCUAAGCACUCGUAUCCAGACUUCGUCAGGAAGAGGCUUCGUCUUAGCAAUCUACAUCGUGAUGAGUCUGAGGUCCGUGCCUUGCAGCUGAGAAAGCUUCGUACCAUUGUCCUUCAGGACCCUUCUUCAUCAGAAUUGGGUUGUGCCUUGGUCAACGCGGCCGGGGCCCUUCAGGACGAGGAAGUGGUGGCCCGCAGCUUCCGCGAUGCAUUUGUUUCGAAGAGCACCGGCACACUUUUAAAGCGAGUUUCUUCUUUGUGGAGCUGCUGCUGCUUCCUCAACGACAAAGGGGUUCCUCCUUUGGAUUUCCAGGAGGAGAUUCUUUAUGAGUACCUGAGCCUUCUUAGGGAGCAGAAACGGGGAGCUACGGCCGCCUCGUCGGUGCUCUCUGCCAUUAGGUUCAUUCAUGGGGUUGUUAAGAUCAAGGGUCUACCGAAGGAGAUCGAGUUCUCAUCGCGGUGCGAAGGUCUGGCUCGUGGGGAGAUGGCUCGGAAGAGGCCCACCAAACAAUCCGAGGUCCUCACGGCUGACCAGGUGUGGGCCCUCGAGAAGCAUGUGGUUGAUUCUGCCCCCAGCCUGGAUUCUUUGAUAGGGGGCCAGGUUCUUUUCGCCCUCUACUCGUGUGCUAGGUGGGAUGAUUCUCUCCAUCUGGCUGAUAUCUCUCUUUCGAGUGCUGGUCGCAUCUACUUGGUAGAAACUGCAACUUCAAAACACAAGACUUCGCAUGCUGCACGUGACAGGUCGAUUUUGCUCCCCUUGAUAUGUUUAGGGAGGGGCCUCUACCAUAAGCCGUGGGCGGAUGCUUGGUUAGCUUCGCGCCGUCACUUCGGCCUCGACUCGACGGGCCCUGCUUUGCCAACUUACUGCGAGAGGACUGGCAAAUUCGGCAAGGCGCCUAUGUCUUCCACCGAGGCUACUUUGUGGCUUCGCGACCUCUUGUGCAAGGCGGGAUCGUCGCCCAGUGAAGUCGAGGACAUCACAUCUCAUGGUUUGAAGGCCACGCUUCUUUCAUGGAUAAGCAAACAUGGAGGGUGGAGCGAGCGUGAUCAAAAGCUGAUGGGCCACCAUUUCGAUAGGGAGUCCAGGUCUGUGCUCAUCUACAGCAGAGACAGCUACACUCCGCUCGCCGUCCAGACUCGCCGCUUGUUGGACAAGAUCCUCGAUGGCUCCUUUUCUCCUGAUCGCGGGAGGGCUCGCCGAGUCAUGGAGCUUCUAGGUGAGACUUCAGGCGAAGAGGAGGACCCCGACUUAGGUGAGUACGUACCUUCUGAGUCUGGAUCCGAGCCGGACUUGAACGACAUUGACCCCUCGACAGCUUUUGAGCCGAGUGACCGCGUGAAGGAGAUCGCGGUCCCUGAAUCGUUGGCUUCGGUUCCUCGACAGCACUUGUAUGUCCACAACAUCUCUGGGAUCAUGCACGCAAGUUUUGACCUGCAGAAACUUUUGUGCGGCCGCCCCCUCAAUCGUCAUUACUCCUGCUUGGAGGAUGUGACUUCGCAAGAGGGAGAUGUGCAGGCCUGCAAGCACUGUAGCGUAGUUUUCUCGAAGGACUGA